AUGGCACCGAAACCACUUAUGAAGGCUGCUCUAUCAACUCUGAGUAUUCAUGCUGACUCUUCAAAUGAGUCUGAUGUCGCUCCGAAGAUCUCCGUCACCUCCACCCAUCGCUAUUCGCCUGAAUGGAAUGAUCGCCAGGCUCGAUCACUGGGAUACCUUCCAUCAGACAAAUCAUCCUCCGAUGGUCUCAACGGUGAUUCUUGGACUAGAGCUGCUGGAAAUGGACAUAUUUACUCUCGAGACUCAUCAGAUACACGAGACAGAUUGGAACAAGUUCUAGGAGCAGUAGAAGGAGGCCACGCUGUAACUUACGCGAGUGGACUUUCUGCAGUUACUGGUGCAGUCCAAUAUCUUCAACCGAAACGAGUGUUUAUGUCAAGAGAAGGCUAUCAUGGUACCCACGGAGUUCUGGAACUGUAUGCUCGAAACCGUCAAGUAGAAAUCAAAUACUGGGAAGAGAUGCCUUCAAACUUUUCUGCUUUCAAAGCUGGUGAUCUUUUAUGGCUCGAGUCACCACGAAAUCCGAGAGGUGAAAUCGAUGAUGUUGAAAAGUAUGCUAAAUUACGACCUGAAGGAUCUACGUUGAUCGUGGACGCCACUUUUGCACCCCCGCCUAUUCAAUACGCAUUGGCACUUGGUGCAGACAUUGUGAUGCAUUCGACAACCAAAUUUCUGGGUGGUCAUUCUGACUUGCUUGGAGGUGUAUUGGUGGCCAAGGAUCCAAAAGUCGCUUCAGGAUUAGCGUCGGAUCGUGUAUAUUCUGGUGCUGUGAUGGGAAGCUUAGAGGCAUUCCUUCUCUUGCGUUCACUUCGAUCGCUUGAAGUUCGAGUGAGGAAACAAUCUGAAACUGCUACUCGACUAUCUCAAUGGCUAAAUAGCAAGAGUGAACCAUGUCUGGACAUCGUAGCACGAGUUUGGCAUGGCUCAGUACCUGGAACUCCAGGACACGAAAUCGCAUUGAAGCAACACGAUGGAUUUUCUGGCGUUUUCAGUGUCGAGUUUACAUCACAUCACUAUGCACGACUGAUUGUGACUCGAUUGAAAUAUUUUGUGAAUGCUACUUCAUUGGGAGGAGCCGAGUCUUUGAUUGAAUGGCGUGCUGCUAUUGACCCAAAAAUCGCUCCAGGCAUCUGCCGAGUAUCAAUCGGUUUGGAAUCUUUUGAAGAUUUGCAGCAAUCUCUUCGAGAAGCCAUGCUCACAGUGAAGACACUCGCUGCCGAACAAAACUUAUUGUCGCAUUUAUAG